AUGAGGAGGAAGAGGAAGAGGAAGAUGAAGAACAAAGAUGAAGAUGACGAAGAUGAGGACGAAGAUGAAAAUGAAGAUGAGUGCCAGCUGCGCUCUGGUCCCCAGGGGGGUGGCAGCCACCGCCUGGCACUGCAGAGGAUGGCGGGGGACCUGCUGUCCCUGCGCCGCCGCGUCGCCAGCCUGGAGGCCGAGAACGGGCACCUGCGGCACAGCCUGGCGCGGCUCCGGGAGCCGGCGCAGCUCCGCGGCACCGACCUGGACGUGCUGACCCGGGACGAGCUGCUGGACAGGCUGGCCACCCUGGCCCGCGAGGUGGCGGCGGGCGCGGCGGAGCUGAGGGCGCUGCGGGACCGGGUGCAGCGGCUGCAGAACGAGCUGAUCCGGAAAAACGACCGCGAGAAGGAGCUGGUGCUGCUCCAGCGGCGCCACCGGCAGCAGCAGGUGGCACUGAGCCGGUGCCAGGACAGGGCGGCCAAGGCCGGGGCGCUGGAGCGGGCGCUGCGGCAGCAGGAGAAGGUGAUCGAGGCCAUGGAGCGGCUGCUGCGGGACAGGAGCACGGAGAGAGCCGCGGGUGCCACCCUGGCGGCGCUGCUGGCCCAGAAGCGGCGGCUGCGGGAGGAGCCGGCCGGACCCCCCCGGGCCGCGCGGCUCCUGGGGGCCACCGAGAAGCUGGAGCUGCUGGCCCGGCUGGAGGAGGCGCAGGGCCGGGCCCGGGCGCUGGAGAGGCAGCUGCAGGAGGCCGCCCGGAGCUGGGCCCGGGAGCAGCAGGAGCUGGGGACGCGCCUGCGGGAGCAGGAGCACGGCCUGGCCCUGAAGCUUCCGGCACUUUCCGUGCCCCCCCGGGCGCUGCCCCCCCUGCCCUGACCCCGCAGAGCCGCCGACGCCCUCG